UCCAGGAACGGGGGGAAGCGAGGGGGUGGGGCGAGCACGUUUGCGGCGUGGGGGGGUGGAGCGCGAGGCGCGCGAGGGGAAGGCGGGAACGCUGUGAGGGCGCUGAGGGGGCCUGGGCUCGGGCUGAGGGGUUCGGGGCUGGUGUGGGUUCGUGCAGGCCAAAAGUGCUGCAGAAGAGCAGAAGCACUGGGUUAGGCCGAGAGUUGAAGCGGUUAUUUACAGCCUCUGAAGGGAAAUGACGUUGUGUUAAGAGGGGGUUGCGGUAAUUCAGCCCUGAGCAGAAGCUUAUUUAACAAGAGGUGAGCCUACGCAGUCGCUGCAGGUACACAAUUUGGGCUUUUAGGCCCUUAAACCUGACAGGCUCAGACGCCGUCUCAGGUCCGUUAUUUCUUUUUCCAUCCUGUUUCAUCUCUCAUUUCUGUGUUUGCAGCUCCACGUGAUUGUGCGACUUUAAAGCCUAACUAAAGUGGUGGUGAAAAUAAUAUAUAAGAAAACGUUUUUCUUUCUGUACAGAUUUCCUCUCUCACUGUUGUUUGAUUCAUCUCGGUAUAAGGUCUUUAGAACUGUUUCCUGUUGUUUAUGCAGGAGUCUGACACUUUGGGGCCUUAUCUUAAUUGGUUUUUCGAUGCUGUCAUGAACAACACGAAUAAAUAAUACAAGUGAGGGCUGGGGUUGUCAUUUCUUUUGUGUGGAUGUGAUUGCUUUUCUUUGCUCUUUGAGCUUUCCGCCAUGCUUUCUUACUAUGACUGAGCCAAACUGAGUCGAUCUGACAUUUUCUCCCUCUUUGAAGUUAAACCUCUUCAAAAUAAGCCCCCUCACGUAUCUUUUAAUGACUUCUCUUCGUGAGACGUUGUCUUGCGUGAGUGAGGCAUACCUUACCCGUCUCUUUGCAAAGUGCUCUGCAAAUUAAUGCUAUAAUAUGAAUGUGUGAUGGUGGGAUCAGGGAAAGCACAAUCAGUGCUACCAGAAGGUAGAAAUUUCAUAGCGCGUGUCCUGGAGGAGUUCUAAAUCUCUCGUGCUUUUACAGCCUUGCUGUAUUGCAUGGAUUUGUGCAUGAAAGAUCUGUUCAUUUGCCACGAAGGAUGACGGCUCAGAUAACUUAGAAGAGGAGUGCCUAUUAGCCUGCCCGUUUCUCUUACUGGAUAAAAAUAACUUCAAAGCUGAUUUGCAGUGAUUGGAAAUAAUUGGUGAAGGCAUACAGCAUUCUGUGAUACACUGAAUGUUCUCACAAUGAAGAUAUCUCUGCUACAGCAGAUGUAUAAGGAUGUACUGGCAGGCACUCCGUUACCAAAGGAAAGCUAUUAUUACACCUCUUUUCUUAAUCUAUGUGUUGAGCAGUCACAGGAAAGAGAUGAAUUGUGUGAUCUGCCAUCUAGUGAUGGCAGUGUUAGGAGUCAUCAGGACGCUAUGUCGGACACUGUUGUCCCUACAACAGAUGAUGUAUCGCGGAAUUUAGCAAACAUGAACUUCUCAUUUUGUCCACGAGAAGUGAUGCUGCUUCAGUUAACUUUGAUCAAAAUGCUGGUUGCUAAAGCAGAGUCCCAGGAAAUUGAAUUCAGUGCAAGACAGAAGUACGGUGAAAUCCUUCUCCUUCUUUUGAAAGAAACAAAAAUUGACUCAGAAUUGGUUUAUCUUCUCAGUAGCUACGAUCGUCUGUUAUCUCACACGGCUUCAAAAAGUUUAGCAUCUCUUGUAUAUUUCCAGCUGAAGGAAGAGAAUGCAGUAAAUGUCACCUGGCUCACCUUCAGUUUGAAAAGUCUUCUGGAGUUCCCUAUGCACACCCAAGUAGCAGAAUGCCUGUGGACUCUUACAGCUGUUAUCCAGGAUGUAAUGAAAGAUAAAGUGUUACCCAAAGCAGGUAUUUUGAAGUUGUUGGCUCCUCUUGAUGCUGUGCUUGAAGGAUUUUACAGUUCCAUUCUGCUCCAUCAUUUUGACAGUCAGCUCUAUAGUUCACCUUAUUCCGCAAACAAUUUGAUCAGUUUCAUAGACCUGCUUGAAGCACUUCUGGCUUCUAGAACUCAAUUAGAGCUACCACUGAAAUGUCAGAGAGUAUUGUUUUUAAAAGUGUCUUAUGUCCUGAACCUCAUUAACUCAUCAACUCACUAUUUCUUCAAGAAGAAGUUCAUUAUGCUUCUUAAAAAAUGUGUCCUUUAUAAGCCUCAAGAAGAUGCUGUAACUGGGUCUCAGUUCUUACAAAACCCAUAUUUAAAAGAAGAUAUGCUUGCACUAAGUAAUGCUGUCCUGCAAGUUGUGAAUUUGACUUGGCUUAAUGAAAUCCCACUCGGUGAAAAGGCCAGCUACUUUGGAAGCAGCGAAGCUCUUUCUGGAGAUAAUACUCAAAGUGGUUCUGACCAAACUGUCCUCAGAGCCCUAAGUCUGGCUGUGCUCAAAACACUGGAGUUCAAGUGUCAGAACUCUGCGACAGAAGCUGAAAUCAAAGGAUUUCAGAGUUCCAUGUCCCAUCUGCUGACAUUCUGGAGGAAUCACAUGAAGCAUUCCCCACACUCUCACCCAGUUGCACAUCAUUGCGAAUGGCUCUCUUUGAUUUUUAUAGAGCAAGAUGAUGACAUGUGGGAAGCUGCAAAAGCUUUAUUACUCAUUUAUUUAAAAAUUGACAGGUUACAGCGUGAUGCUGCAGAUAACUUAAGCCAGGAAGAGGAGGAAAGCUGGAACUUCCGUACGCAUGCAAGUGGCUAUAAUCCUCACUGCAUAUUUUUAUUUUUUCUAGAAAAAAUCGCGUUUGAUUCCACAGUACUGCUAGAUUUUUUGAUUUCAUCGGAGACUUGCUUUCUGGAGUACUUGGUAAGGUACUUAAAACUUCUUAGAGAAGACUGGCAUCAGUUUGUAAACGUCUGUAACCAUUUUGAUACCAAGCACGGCACUUGUCAACCGAUUUCUUCUAUCAAGGCUGCACGUCAAGAAGAACAAAGCUGUGUGACUGGUGUGAGUUUGCAAAAUGCUUGUUGUGAACCAGAACCACAGACUUUGAUACCUUUGGCUUCUUCUCACAAUUACUUAGUGUUUACAACAGAGCAAGGUGAUAAUGAAGUUGCAGAGUCUAACCAGUCUAACUCAUUGCUAUGCAAUGAUAAUACAUCUCUGCUGGGUUCUCUUCAAAGCCUUGUUAAUUAUGACAGCUCAGAAGAUUCUGAAUUAGAAUCAGUUGGAAAAGAGUGCUUAGUAAACACAAAGCAGAUGCCUUUACAUGAGGAGCAUGAGACAAUGAUAAGGGAAACUGUUUGCAGCUACACAGAUGAUAAACAGAAUACACUCGAGUCUGAAGCGUUGCCUCUGAAACAAAAGGGAUCUAAUACCUCAUCCAGCUUGGCGUGUAUAGUGUCUUCAGAUAACAUCAUUCCCCUAAGAAUAAUGCUUUAUAAAUCAACAAAGUGUUUGGAAGAACUGCAAAAAGCUAUUUCUAGGUUGCAGAGAAGAAAUCUUUUCCCUUAUAAUCCAUCUGCACUGUUGAGACUACUGAGUCACAUUGAGAAGAUUAGUAAGAACAUGAAUUCACAAUAAGUCGAAGUAUUCUAGUGAUUUCUAGCUAGUACACUA